UUCUGUUAUCGCUUUAAGAAUCUUCUAAUUGUUCUCCAGGUCCUUUGCUUUGUCGCUCUCGUAGCUUCUCUGGAGGUGGUUCUUGGACAUGGGCACGGGUUCUCGUCCCAGUACAUCCACCGUCAUGACGGUCCCGCCCAUGCGGUCCAUGUUCACGGCCAUGAUGGUGGCCACGGACAUGGUCAUGGGCACGAUGGUGGCCAUGGACACGUUGACUACUAUGCCUACCCGAAAUACGAGUUUGGUUACAAAGUAGAGGACCCCCACACCGGUGAUAUCAAGUCUCAGCACGAGCACCGCGACGGAGACGUCGUCAAGGGCUACUACGCUCUGCACCAACCCGAUGGUUCCGUCAGACAUGUUGACUACCACGGUGACAAGCACUCUGGUUUCCACGCUGACGUCAAGCACAGCACCCACCACAUCGUGCCCCACCACGGUCAUCACGGUCACCACUACUGAACCAAACUGUGAUAUAUUACCGUUAUUGUUACACCCAAGUACCUACUGUGAUGUUAUCUUUAUUUUAAUGGUUUUUUAAAUGUUUUUUACACAUAUUACAAUUUUAUU